AGGACUGGAGUGAUGCAAUUCAUGUUAGACUUGGUUUAGAAUGUAUAAAUACUCAUAAGACUGUUUUUUUUUCACCACAGCUUGCAUGUACAGCCUGCUGCAUCUUCACUUGGUGUGUAUUAUUAAUCAUGUUUACCUGAAUGAAGUUAUUGUGUUAUUGUGACCAUUAACACAGAUUGUUUCAUGGAUUAUUAUAAUGUGACGUAUUUAACUCUGGAGGGCCAUGUGGAGUUGGAGAAAUACAGAUAUGUUUAUUUUGUAAUGGUUCUCACACUUUACCUGUUGAUCAUUAGUUGUAAUGGUCUUGUCAUUUUUGUCAUAUUCACAAACAAAUGUCUCCAUGAACCCAUGUACAUUUUCAUUGCUGCUUUGCUUUGUAAUGCUCUCUAUGGAUUAACUGCUCUUUAUCCUAAAUUGCUCAUUGAUUUUUUGUCUGAAAUUCAGAUCGUCUCCUAUGAAGCAUGUAUAUUUCAGUCAUUUUUUAUUUACACAUAUGCCAUAUCAGAGUUCACACUGUUAUCAGCUAUGGCCUAUGACAGAUAUGUGUCCAUCUGUAAACCAUUACAAUAUGCUACGAUUAUAAAAAUGUCCACUGUGAAAAGGCUCUUAUUUUGCUGUUGGUGUGUGCCUUGCUGUGAAAAUAGUAUAGCAUUGACAUUAACAUUUCAGGUUAAGCUUUGUAGGUUCAAGUUAAAUAGAAUAUACUGUAAUAAUUCUUCCGUUGUUAAAUUAAGUUGUGGAGACAUAUCUGUAAGAAACUCAUAUGCAUUGUUCAUUUUUCUGUGCUGUAUUUCCAUCAGUGAUAUUUUGGUUAUUAAUAACAGACUAGAAUCAGAUCAAAUUCCUCACAUUUUCACGAUGAUCAUGUCAGUGAAAAAUCUGGUUAUUCCUCCUCUACUCAAUCCAAUAAUAUAUGGACUGAAAAUGCAGAAGAUUUUUAACUAUAUUUGGUCCUACUUGCAGCUCUCUGUCAACAAUGCUGUCUGA